AGCCAGGCGCGGCGCCCCCGCAGCUGCCUGAGGCACUGCUGCUCCAGCGGCGCCGCGUGACGGUGCGCAAGGCCGACGCGGGCGGGCUGGGCAUCAGCAUCAAAGGGGGCCGGGAGAACAAGAUGCCUAUUCUCAUUUCCAAGAUCUUCAAGGGCCUGGCAGCUGACCAGACAGAGGCCCUCUUCGUGGGGGAUGCCAUCCUGUCUGUGAACGGAGAAGACUUGUCCUCCGCCACUCAUGACGAGGCAGUGCAGGCUCUCAAGAAGACAGGCAAAGAGGUGGUGCUGGAGGUCAAGUACAUGAAGGAGGUCUCACCGUAUUUCAAGAACUCUGCUGGUGGGACCUCGGUUGGCUGGGACUCACCUCCUGCCUCACCCCUUCAGCGACAACCUUCCUCCCCUGGUCCCCCACCCCGGGAUCUCAGUGAGGCUAAACAUGUGUCUUUGAAGAUGGCAUAUGUCUCAAGGAGGUGCACCCCCACUGACCCGGAGCCCAGGUAUCUGGAGAUCUGCUCAGCCGACGGCCAAGACCCCCUGCUCCUGAGGGCCAAGGAUGAGGCUAGUGCGAGGUCGUGGGCAGGUGCCAUCCAAGCCCAGAUCACCGCGUUGAUGCCCUGGGUCAAGGACGAGCUUCAGGCAUUGCUGGCGGCCACCAGCCCAGCUGGAAGCCAGGACGUCAAGCAGAUCGGCUGGCUGACCGAGCAGCUGCCCAGUGGGGGCACGGCCCCCACCCUGGCCCUGCUGACUGAAAAGGAGCUGCUCCUCUACUCUUGUCUCCCCCAGACCCGCGAGGCCCUGAGCCGGCCGACUCGUACUGCCCCACUCAUCGCCACCAGACUGGUGCACUCAGGCCCCUCCAAGGGCUCGGUGCCUUACGACACGGAGCUCUCUUUUGCCCUGCGCACGGGCACGCGCCACGGCGUGGACACUCACUUGUUCAGCGUGGAGUCACCGCAGGAGUUGGCUGCCUGGACCCGCCAGCUGGUGGAUGGCUGUCACCGGGCCGCUGAGGGUGUACAGGAGGUGUCUACAGCUUGCACGUGGAAUGGCCGUCCCUGUAGCCUCUCUGUGCACAUUGACAAGGGCUUCACACUGUGGGCGGCUGAGCCAGGUGCGGCCCGAGCUGUGCUGCUCCGACAGCCCUUUGAGAAGCUGCAGAUGUCCUCGGACGAUGGCGCCAGUCUCCUUUUCCUGGACUUUGGGGGUGCUGAAGGCGAGAUCCAGCUGGACCUGCACUCGUGUCCCAAAACCAUGGUCUUCAUCAUCCACUCCUUCCUCUCAGCCAAGGUCACCCGUCUGGGACUCUUGGCCUAGAAGUUGCCAGAUGUGCUAGCCCUGAAGAGGGGGUAUCCACCACAUGGCCUGGCCUGGGCCUCUGCCAACUGCCUACUCACCCCUGGACUGAGGGAAGGGAGAGGAGAGGAACAAGGACCUCAGAAACCCAGCCCCUGAGGGAGGCUGAUUCGGUCUUGGGUACCAGGACCCAGACCCAGGACACAGUGGAUUCUGCCUGUGAUGGGGUGGCCUUUCUGCUGCCCCCUCCACCAGUGCCUUUUGCAGAGAGAUAUUUUGUGUACACAGAAGCCAUUCCGAGCCUGGGACGUGCCCCUGUGGGGAUCCUGACUCCAGUCAACAGCUGAGCUGCCAGGCCUCCUAGAGGCCCCUAAGCCACCCCAGAGGCCCCAUCUGAAGUUGGAGUCACCUGGGUCAGCGGCAAGAGAAAGAAGAGGAGCCUUUCUGUUCAUUUUCCCCCUCAGCCCCAGCACUUCGGGGUGUCUGGUUUUUCUCUUCAUCCUCUCUCUCCUCCUUACUCUUGGAUUAAAUAAACAGCCCGUGAGAACAUA